UCUUGACAUUGUAUUCUCCAAGCAGAGUGUAUGAAGUCAAUUUAUACAAAUAGUUCUCAGUGCAAACUUUGAAAAGUGUUUAUAAUCACCUGUAAUUCAAAUGGAAUGUGCUGACUAUAUUAAUACUAUCCAAAAUAAAUAUCCGUUACAACUCUCCUCUUCAAAAAUUCAAGAAACAGAUGUAGUAUUAGUAGUGAUUACGUUGUUUUGGUUAACUACCGACAAGUAUGGAAAAUAACUUAAUUAGGUACCUCAUUUUGAAAUAUCAUCUGAUUGCUACAGAAUAGAAAUGAUUCGAAUUUCUUAAGAUCUUCAAAUUGUAUUUGAAUUUUAUCCAUCAAAAAUAAAGGAGAAGUAAUUUAAGAGAUAGGAGUCCAGUGAGCAAAAGCUGUGUUAUGAGAUUUGUUGCGAAAAUCUGUUUAAUCGUGCUGAUAAAGUUUGAACAUUGCGACAAAUAAAUUACUUAGCAUUUCUACUCAAUCUUUCGCGUAAUCAACAGUAUUAUUAUUCUAAAUCCACGGAACACCCAGAGAUAUGCUACAGGAUGAAGGAUUUCCUCAAGAAUCUGUUCGUUUCGAAGGCCACAAGUUCUGGAGAGGAAACAAAAUCAGAUCAUGAUGAAAGCAAUGCAGCAGAUUUUGAAACAGCUCUGGCUGCUACUGGUUUCGGAAAAUUCAAUGUAUUAGUUUUCCUGGUGGCUUUUCCAUCAUGCUGGGCAUCAAUGUUCCAAACUACCACAAUGUCUUACGUUUUCCCAGCAGCGCAGUGUGACUUGAACUUGACAUUAGAGGAUAAAGGGAUGCUGAAUGGUGUUACAUUUGCAGGGACUGUAGUGAGUGCUUUCCUCUGGGGUUUCCUUUUCGAUACAUAUGGAAGAAGAAAAUUGCUGAUGAUCGGAUUUUUCUUAGACGGAAUUUUCGUCAUUCUAAGUGCCAUAUCACAGGAUAUUAUUUUUCUGAUGGUAACAAAAUUCAUGGGAGGCAUUAUGAUUAUAGGACCUUUUGCUGCGUUGACACCUUAUUUAUCAGAACUCCAUGUUGCCAAGUACCGAUCUAGAAUACCUUUGGUGAUGGGGGCUUUAUUUGCUAUUGGUGGAAUUUACCUGCCUUUCUUGGCUUCAUUUAUUUUACCAAUGAACUUCCAACACUCAGUAGCUGACAACUUCGUUCUUCAUUCAUGGAGUUUGUAUCUGUUCAUAAAUGCCAUCCCUUCACUAUUGGCAGCAUUUCUGUUGUAUUUCCUGCCAGAAAGUCCGAAAUUUCUAAUGUCUUUGGGAAGGAAUGACGAAGCUUUGGAAGUUUUCAAAAAGAUCUAUAGUAUUAAUACCGGGUGUCCUAAGGAAACUUAUCAUGUGAAACUACUAGUCCAAGAGAAACCUAAUCAAGAUGUAUCAUCUUCAUUCAAGAAUUGUAGUAACUUGUUCAGGCAAUACUUAAAACUGUUUCUUGUAGUUUGUUGUCUUCAGGUACUAAUUACAACAAGCUUCAACACAUUCCGACUUUGGCUACCACAAUUAUUGCAAGCUAUGACAGAUUACAAAUACUACAACAAUGGCACAUCUGCCUCAUUAUGCGAAAUGCUUAGCAUUCUUCGUAAUGGAAGUCAAACAAAAGAAUGUUUUGUGAAUUUUGAAAAUUCCGAUGUUUACUACAACGCUAUGACAGUUAGUCUUACAUCAUUGAUUGGUUGUUUGGUAGCUGGAUCUCUUGUCAAUGUUUUGGGUCAGAAUAAACUCCUAGCAAUUGCAGGUUUUUUAGCUGGAUUAUUCUCAAUAGGAAUUUAUUUGGCACCAAAUAGUCUACUCUCUACAGUAUUUAUGGCGGGGUUUUACAGUUUAUGCAGUAUUACAACAAGUACUACUUCUCUAGUGGUUAUUAAUCUAUUUCCAACUUCAAUAAGAACAACAUCUCUCUCUCUAGCAUUUAUGUUUGCUAGAAUAGCUUCCAUGUUGGGAAAUAUUGCUUUUCCUUAUUUGAUAAAAAUGGGAUGUGAACCACCCUUCAUAUUGAUGUCUGCCUUAGUUUUCUCUUGUUCAUUUCUCACCAUGAUUCUUCCUAAGCAGAACAAAACUCUGAAAUAAUGCAUCAUUUCCUGUGAUAAGAAUUCCAGUGGAUUCAAGAUAAUUUAAGUGUUGAUUAUUUAUUAUAUUUUAAGUGUGCCCUAAAUACAAUUUUAGAAGAAAAACACAAA